GGCGGGAAAAUCUGUGUUCGAAACGUCGAGGGAAAGAAUACUAAUUCACGAAAAACAACAGCAUUAAGCAUGGGAAUUCAGGGUCUAGCAAAACUCCUUGCUGAUAUUGCACCCACUGGAAUGAAGGAAAAUGAUAUUAAGAACUAUUUUGGUAGAAAAGUUGCUAUCGAUGCUUCGAUGAGUUUAUAUCAGUUUCUGAUAGCUGUGAGAAGUGAUGGUAGUCAGCUUACCAACGAAUCUGGAGAGGUAACAAGUCAUUUAAUGGGAAUGUUUUACAGAACGAUUAGGAUGAUUGAGAAUGGAAUCAAGCCAGUAUAUGUGUUUGAUGGAAAGCCACCACAGAUGAAAUCAGGAGAGUUGGCUAAACGUAAUGAAAGACGUCAGGAAGCACAAAAAGAGCUGGAAAAAGCAGAAGAAGCUGGUGAUGCAGAAAAUGUUGACAAGUUUACAAGAAGAUUGGUACGAGUGACAAAAGAGCAUAGUGAUGACUGUAAAAAGCUGUUAAAGUUUAUGGGAGUCCCAUAUGUAGAGGCACCAUGUGAAGCAGAGGCUCAGUGUGCAGAACUUGUCAAAUCUGGAAAGGUGUAUGCAACAGGAACAGAGGAUAUGGAUGCUCUUACCUUUGGUACAUCUGUGUUGCUAAGACAUCUAACAUUUAGUGAGGCUAAAAAAAUGCCAAUCAAGGAAUACCACUUGACAAAUAUUUUAAGUGAGACAGGACUCAGUCAAGAUGAGUUUAUUGAUCUUGGUAUCCUACUUGGAUGUGACUAUUGUGACUCAAUAAAAGGUAUUGGACCCAAACGAGCCAUUGAUCUCAUUCAACAGCAUCGUUCUAUAGAAGAGGUUAUAAAACAUAUUGACUCAAAUAAAUAUACUCCUCCAGAGAACUGGCUUUAUAAAGAAGCAAGAGAACUGUUUAAAAAUCCUGACGUUACGCCAGGGGAUCAAAUAGAGUUGAAGUGGGAAGAGCCAGAUGAAGAUGGUCUGAUAAAAUACAUGACAGAAGAAAAGGGAUUCAAUGAAGAUCGCAUUAGAUCCGGUAUUAAGAAGCUUACUAAGGCACGACACGGUUCUACUCAAGGACGUCUCGAUUCAUUCUUUAAAGUGCUUCCUUCAAAUACUCCAAACAAGCGUAAGAUUGAAGAUGCAAAAGGGGCGAAGAAUAAAAAGGCGAAAAUCGGUGGAAAGUUUAAAAAACCCAAAUAAGACAACAAGAAAAAGGACUUUAUAAACCGACCGAAAACUUGUAAGGAUAAACAGAUGAAUCUUAAUGCGAUGGGCUUUUUUCAGAUAAAGAUUAUAAAUGGUUUUCUUACCUCAAAAUAAAAAAGAAAUUUUCAUACUACAAA